UUCAAGUCUGUGGAAAGAGGUGUGUGUUGAGGGUUGGUUGAGGGCGACGUCAGGAACCCAGGAAAGAUGGCAUCCGGCGUGCUUAAGAGAGUGCUGAUAUGUGUUAUAUUCUUAUAUUCAUUAAAUUUAUCAGGCAUAGCAGCGAAAAGCAUGCUAAGAGAGCUAAAUGAAGACAACUGGGAUGAAAUGCUGACGAAAGAAUGGAUGGUUGAAUUUUAUGCGCCCUGGUGCCCUGCCUGCAAGGCCCUCCAACCUGCCUGGGAAGAAUUUUCAACAUGGAGUGAAGACCUUGGCAUAUCUAUUGGGCAGGUGGACGUGACAGCUUCACCAGGCCUCAGUGGGAGAUUCAUGGUGACUGCAUUGCCUACAAUUUUCCAUGUUCUAAAUGGAGAAUUCAGGCAGUACAGAGGUGCAAGGGAUAAAGAAGCCUUCAUUUCAUUUAUCGAAGAACAGAAAUGGAAAAAGAUUGAUCCAAUUCCCAGCUGGAAAAGCCCAGGCUCCUUUCAGAUGUCAGUUGUAUCCUACUUCUUCAAGUUGUCACAGGUUCUGAGGGCUCUCCAUAACAAGCUAAUGGAAGAUUAUGGACUCCCUACAUGGGGCUCAUAUUUAAUCUUUGCUGUAGCGACCAUCUUUCUUGGAGCAAUGUUGGGACUGAUGCUUGUCUGCGUUAUUGAUUUCAUUUAUCCUCCAAAACCCCUAGUGGUAAAAACUGUGACAGUUGGUGAUGUUAAAAAAAAAGAUUUAAUUACACCUGAUAGCAAAGAUAGAACUAGUGGAGAUGAAAUGGAAGAAGAAGAUGAUGAUGAUGACGAUGACGUCAAAGAUGAUAUUGUGGAUGAUGACGAGGAAGAAGAGGAAGAGGAAGAAGAGGGAAUUGAAUCACAAUCUGACUCUGAUGUAAGAGAAGAAGGCAGCCCCAAUGUCCGAAAGCGCAAGCCACGUAAAGCUGACUAGGCUAUGAAUAACAUUUUGUGAUUUACUGUUCAUGGAGCUCUCGGGCUCCAAGAAUGCAGUGUGUAUUGUUGAGACAACAUGUUACCACUAUGACCAUUCAUAAAAAGCAUUGUUGUUAAAAGGCUGUGUGCUGAAGAUUUUGCAAUAUUAGAGUGGGACUUUUUACGAUGUUCAGCAAGCUUCAUCACAGGCCUGUUAUCAGGUUUUUAAAGGAAGCAUUAAGACUGGCAUAGUAUGUAAUAAUUUGUUGACAUAAUGUGAUAAAUUAUGGACCAGUCUCCUCAUAUCAUUUGAGUGAUCUGAUCAAAAGCAUGCAUUUUGAAACCAGACAAGAAUUCAAAGUCUAAAUGUGCAACUACAAAAUCACUUCUGAAAUUCAUUUUUUGUGAGAUACAAUAAGUGAAAGAUAAUCACAAUGUGCUACUGCAGUCAUUUAUCAAUAGCAGGUCUAUGUAUUCUGCUCUUUUUUUCUUAAUGUGAAAGUUUCCAAUCUAAAACAAAUUUUCUGUCUCUUCAUGUAUGUAUCCUGCACCACAAUUCAGAUGCUUAUUUUUGUUUGCUUACAAGCAAAGGUUAUCACCCUGUGUGCAAUGCAGACAGUCCAGAUUAUAAUGUAUAAUGCAGAGCUCUUUCUGCCUAUACAUGGGAUAAAAGUGUUUUCCACUAACUGCGGUGGAUCACUGAUCUCAAGCUGCAAAUUCUGAAUGUUUAAAAUUGCCUUAUAUGCUAAGGUUUCUGGUUGUGCAAGUAGGUACUGUGUGUGUGUGUGUGUGUGUGUGUGUGUGUGUGUGUGUGUGUGUGUGUGUGUGUGUGGACACGCGAGCGAUGCUUGUCAACAGAGUUGUGUAGGAUAUUUUUGUACUGAAGUUGAGAAAUUACGUAGUUCUAUUAACUAUUGAUGUAAUUAAUGACUCACGUUCGUAUAUGUUAUGAUCCGUAUAGAGGAGGCACUGAGUCGCAGACAGGCACAAUGAAAAAGACUGAUAAAUUAUUAAAGGUAUUUGCACAAAGUUCUUCUGCAGUAGAAAACAUAUACACAUUCAUACAAACACAACUGACACACAUGACCAGUCUCAGGGUGCUAGAGACCAACUUUGUCUAAAAGCUUUAAUAGUUUAGCAGCCAUUUUCAUUGUUCCUGUCUGCAACUCAAUGCCUCCUCUGUAUGGUGAGUUGCAAUUUAUCCUUCCUGUAUUGUUGUCAUUCCAUCCUGGACUUCUCAUUGUUUGAUUAUGAUUGAUAGAGCUGAUACAGGAUCAUGGGAGACUGGAAGUGACCCAGUAAAUAAAACACUCCAAAUAAAAAUUAACAGAAAAUGAAUGAAGACAAAAAUAAUGUAAGAGAAAAACCUAUCAACUGAAUAAGUUAUAAUUAUAUGCAGUAACAGAUUUAUUUAAAAUUCAUUAAACAAUAACUAUCACUUUUGGUACAAUUUUUAAGGGUAGUCUAGUCUACUUUCUUGCAACAAAGUUUGGCAUUUAACAGCACCAUUGCCAGACAACUGCUUGAUAAGUAAAUUUGCAUUUGGAGUGAUCUUGCAGACCUCAUGAUAUGGAUCAGAUGGUGCAUGGCAUUUGCUCGUGACAUUUAUUGCUAUUUGGGUGUGAUCACGCCUCCCCUUCCCCCCUUUGCUCUGGCUGUCUGCCUCCUGCGAUUCAGAAGUAUAUGCUAUAACAAUUUCUUUAUCCAUUGUAGUAAUGUGGUCAUUGUUGUUUUACAGUCACUGAUUGCUGGUCAUACUUUUCCACAACUUCAUUCUAAUGUAAUAAAUUUAAAAUAACAAUAUUUUUAGUCCAAAACUGAUGUGAAUGAUCAAAAGCUUUAAGUAAGUGAGGGCAAAUAAAUGAGGUUGUACUGUGAAUUCUGUUUUGUUUGUGGACUGUUGAUAGAAGAAUUUGAUAAAUUUUUUGUGCAAAACUAAUUUGUAAAUAAAUCAUGUCAUUACGGCAACAUUUGCUUGUGGUUUUAUCCACAUAUUUGCUAUCAAAGUGCCUCAUGGUUUUAGUAAAUGGUGCUGACAUAAAUAUUCAUUGAAGACUUAUGGGCCUCAAAUUGAAAUGCCUCAUCUUUCUGCAACCUUUAUUUCUUACUCAACUUCAUUUUGUCAUUUCCAGCUGAACUUUCCAUUUAUUCACAUUUGAAAACAUUCGUGCUAACUCGUGAUUUUAGCUUAAAAUAUUCUUUCUGUAUGUGACCGUAAUAAUUGAAAUUAGCUUCUAAUUGUUAAGAACUAUAUUUUCCCAGUAUCAUUCUAGUCGAUAUUUUUAUUCAGUUGCAGUUACGCAUAAUUUGUGCCUCCCUGUAGUUGCCACAAAUAUUGUGUACCUUUUUUAAUUCACCAGUUUGACAGAUUUUGAUAGAAUAAGUGCUUGAAAAUUGGAUUUUAAGUGUAUGCUGUGUGAUUUAUAUGGUGAGGGUAGGGCCAUUUCACAUUUUUGGACCAGAUUGCAGAUAUGGAUGAGACCUCAUUUUGCUAGUUGCUUGGUGGACGUAAUUACAAGGUUCUGUUUGUUGUUCCUGUAUCUGAAUUCUUAGUCUGAUUUUCACUACUUCAAGUAAUACUAGGGAAGGGAAUAAUUUUUUCGGGUGAAUUUUUUUUUUUUUUUUAUUUCAUUAACCAUUUCCUGUUCAUUUUACAUUUGUAUUUAACCGACCAUUUUUAAUUAAAUUUUUUACCCUAGUUAUUUCCACAUAAAAAUCUUGCUCGCUGUUUGUUUCUUAAUCGAUUAACUUUUCUUCUGUUUUGGGCAGCAUCUUAUGCACUUAAAAUCUCUACUUUGUAUGUGGUGUUGUUCCAAAUACAGUUUCCAUUCUUGUUGCUACUACAUUUUUGUUUCAUGCAGGGUGGCACAGGUAGUAGCAUUUCUGUGCUGACUGCAGUUAGUGACAUGCCCAGAUAAUCCUCCCCAUCAUGUACAAAAGCUGAAUAAAAGCAAAGGCACAGUUGACAGCCAUUUUACCUUGCUGAGAUCAACAUUACUUCCCAGUAUUUACAAGGGUAAUUUUAAUCAUCUUUAUAGUACUCAAGAAACAUUGAUGUCCAUUAACCUAUUGGGUCCAAGAACACCUCAUCCUUCCUGUUUUUGUGAGGUUUCUUCCUUGAAAAACUAUUCAUUACUUUAAGUGCUUUCUUAAGAGACUAAACACACUGACUUACCAUAUUUGUUGUCUGUAAGCUGUUUCGCUGUCUGUUUGUUGGCUCCCUAGUCCUCAAGUUAGACAAGUUUUGGCUGAAACUUGUCUGUUGUGAUCUAGUGGGUGAGACACAGGCUCAGUUACUGUCAGUUUUAAUUAUACUAAGUUUCUUUCUGCAGUUUUUGGCAGUGCCAUUACCAUAUAGUUAUUUAUUUUUUAUGUUUAUUUUACAUUAAUAUUUCAGAUCAUAUGUACUUAGUUUGAUUUUUGAAUUUAUGUUUUUUGUUUUUCACUCAGAAGAUAAGAAAAUUACCAUGUAAAAUCAAAAACCAUGGUGACUGAUUAAUAGAUGAAAUUUAAACAAAGUUAUCUCUGUUGUAUGUUUAUACUUUUGUUUCGCAAUGUAUCAUAGGUAUGCAUAUUAAUUACAGUUUUAAGCUAUUUUAAGACAUAAUAAUUUUUAAGUUUGGAAUUGCAUUACAGUUAAGAAGUACAUUGUUGAUAAAUGGAGUGGGGAUAUCACAUUAUUGUGAACUGUGUCGGGAAGCACCGUAUUACCUAAGUGUGCCUGCUCACUGGUUAGACACUUGAAGUUUGGAGUUCCAGGCUGGUGCCAAAAGUAAAACUUUCUAAAUCAUAUUGGGUUGGAAUGGACUGUAUUGUCUCUGAUACAAUUGCACACAAGUGUGUAAACUAUAUUUGCUUUAUGUUGGAAAUGAGGAAUGAUAAAAUUUGUGAAUGGUCCAAUACUUGCACUCUCUCCAAUUUCAUUUUACAAAUACUGUUUUUUGAGAAAGGGGGGGGGGGGGGAGGGAAAGAGAGAGAGAGAGAGAGAGAGAGAGAGAGAGAGAGAGAGAGAGAGAUUGUUAUGAAGGCAAAAAAAUAAACUUUAAUCCCUCCCUCCCCACUAUCUUUGCUUAACUAUCUACCAAAAACUCAACAACUUGUUGUAUUAUGGAUUUUUGUGCCAGCUGUUUGUUAUGUAGGUGGAAAACAUUUAUCCUUCAGCAUAUUAAGUUUCUUACUCAAAGGAAGUCUUCAGCCUUUGAUUUUAUUUCACAGUGGCAAAAGGAAACAGAUACAUUUUCAUCUUGCAUAACUGAUAUAGUAUCUGUGAAAAUUCAGUGAUUUUUAAGAUGUAAGAAAUGCCCAUAAUGCCUUCAUAUUAUCAUUUGAAACUCCAGCAACAGUUUUUCACAAGGUCAGAUUUUGCCUAUAAUUCCAUUAGAACUGUUGUUGGUGACAAAUCACGGUUUUUGAUUGUUGUUGUGAGUGUCACGUUUACAGGCUUAAGAACAUGAAAUUUGUGUGGAAUGACUUUUUGGCCCUUGGCUUGUUUCUAGAAGCACCAAUGUCUUUGAAAGUGUUGCAGUAAGUCCAGUGGAUACCUUGAAAACCUGGAGCUCAAGAUUUUGUGUCUGUGUAUGUGGCAAAAACUCGGAGCUAAAUUUCAAAGUCCAAACAACAGAAAUGCUGCAUCUAAUGCUGUCACAUUAAUCUGACACUCAUCACAGGGUCAUAAUGCAAGCAAAAAGGGCUGAAAUUAGACCACACUAUAACAGAGUUCAGUGUACUCACUUUUUGGUUCAGUGACUCACUGUGCUCCCAAAUCCACUGAUUGAAAUACUUUGUUUGAGUUGAGCCAAUGGUUCAAUAACUGUUUACCGUCAUGUAAUGACAUGUAUUAAAAGAGGAAUCUUACAAAAUGAAAAUUGGGCUUCAUAGUGUGCUAUAAUACUUUUGCAUCGUGUAUAGGGUGUGGUAAGUGGGAAAAAGCAAUGUGUUGCAUGUGCAUGUAAAACACACACACACACACACACACACACACACACACACACACACAGAGAGAGAGAGAGAGAGAGAGAGAGAGAGAGAGAGAGAGAGAGAGAG